UACACAGCGGUUAGAGACAAAUAUGAAAUUCACGUGGAAAAAAGGGAAGGGACUUUGUCGUUUUCCCCUAAGAAGCAGGUUGAUUUGAGAGCAUCCAUCCAGAAUUUCUCUGACUUGGAAUGUGUAUAUGACAAGCCAAUGGUGCAAACUAUGGUGAUUGAAGCUGUGGUUGGCAAAUCUGCUUUUAAAACAAAACUGAAUAAUUUAAUAUCCAAGGCUUCCAAGAAUAAUUCCAACCAACCACCCGUCGAACAGAUUAGUUCACCAGUUCAUGUUGUGAUGGAUGUAGAAAAAAAUUCAUCGUCACCCGUAAAGUCCUCUGGUGUAACCAGUUGCACUGCCUCCCCACCCAAUAGCGUGACUACAGAAGAUAAAGCUCAAUCACUUCCCGUGUCGAUAGACCAGAAAAAGGAAGAUGUCUUCACUGCAACUACUGACGCUACGGUGAAAAAUGUUCCCAAAGCCCCCACCUCUUCUAAUAAAUCUGCCGUCACUACAUUCCAGAAAAUUGGGGCUUUGAGUAAAGUGAUAACCAGAACAACUCUAACACCUACUUCAAGCUGCUUUGUGAAUCCUGUUGCAUCACAAAAUAAAAUUGAAACCUCAUCUACUCCAAUCCGUUACCUUUUGUGUAAGACCAAUUCUUCUGGAUUGUCUUUAGGACCAACUGACUCUCUUGAUCAAGAUGGCCGACAGUGCUCCGUCGCCCUCCCAAGCACCUUGAAGCUACAGCCAGGAGAAAAUCUAAUGCUUCGGCCUGUUAAGUCUGCAGAUGGCCGACAGUUAUAUAAACACUCCAGUGGGAAAGUAUUCCAACUAGUUUACACCAAGCCUCCAGGACGAGUCCCAGUUCAACAGUCUGACAACCCUCAAUCAUCCAUUCUAGGAAGCUCUCCACCGGUCGAUGUGCUUGCACCUUCUACUGCUGCUGUCAAAGGUGAUGGUAACACUCCUCGUUGCAAAACGGCUGCUACAAGUUCCGAAUCGUACACUAAAAACAGUGUGGAAAGCAGUGCUGGGACAGGUUUAUCCACCUCUUUAUCUUCGUGUGACGUUGUCACCCGUGAUGGAGCACCGCCACAAAUUCAGAGUAGCUCUAAAGCUUGGAAUAUGGUGGAUGAAGUUUCUUCACUCCAAUCACUACAUCCCUUUCCAGAAGACACCACAACAGAGGUCAAACAACACAACAGACCACAUACUAUCAUUCCAAGGGCUGAUUGCCAGUCCAAACCAAAUAGUGAUGAAUUAAACAAUGAUACACCUGACUUAAAAAUGGAAAUUGAUCCAUUGAAAUUACCUGAGCCAGAAGAAUACAAUGAAAGCCCUGGUACUGUCGAAGGUUUUCCUAUGAAAAAUAGAGGCAUUACUGUCACUGGAACUUACGAAACAAAAUGGGCACCUGAGAUUGAGGAGGAUCACAAAACGACUGAUCACGCAUUACAAUUUAAAUGUGACCUUGAUGUCCACAACUCCAGAAAAACCCUCGUUAAGAUGGAGAAGGAGGUGUCGGAAAUAAAUUCCUCUGAGCUGGUUGAUCCUGACAGUUCUGAAAUAUGUGCCGUGACGGUUAAAGAGGAACCUUUGAAUGAAGAGGAAGGCAAUAGUUUUACCACGUUAAGAGAAGAUACGUUUAGAAGCUCCAAGCUCUGGAACCGAUCAUUCAAUUUAAAUACAGAAGCUGUGACUGAGGCAGAAUUGGGGGUAGAGACUCAUUCCAAUAGUAGAAGUAGAGUUGGAUUUGGAAAUCUGAUGUCCAAAUCAGCGAUACCACGAAAUUCAUCAACUGACAGUAAACUGGAUGUGCCACACAGGGGAUAUUUCCAGCCUUCACAGUCGUCCAGCCACUCCACUCAAAGAAAGGCAUUUGAGUCCUCUGUAUUCUGUCAAGCUCGUAAGAAGGCAAUAUUACACAACAUGAGAGAACGUGAGUCCCGUAGGAUGAUGGAAAAUCGCUUUAAAAUACUAAAGAACAAGCUUUUUGAUGACCGGCAAAUUGCAUCAAAGGGUACAAUCCUUGAUGAGGCUGUUGAUGUAAUCACUAACUUGGAUAGACAGUCUACAAAUCUAACAAUGGAGAAGCAACUACUUCUGGGGAAACAAAAGAUCUUGUUGGAAAAGAUUUCCCUUUUAUCUGAAAUGGAACCAAUUGUAACACAAGGCAACACUGAAGCUGGUGAAAUAAUUGAAACUGGAGAGGCUGUGAGUUUCUCAAGUGAGAGAGAUUCCUCUUCUCAGAAUUCCUUCGGGAUGAAAUGGUACUCGGAAGGUGGUCCUUUGGAGGUCAUGCCUGAUCAUAGAGAAGAUAGUGGGGUAACUUAUGAGACUAAUUCAGCCAGCUCUGACGAUAUAGUUGCAGUUAAAGUUGGCGACUAUUUAAGUGAGAAGUAUAACAGUCAACUGGACUACCCUGCUGGUACUAACACCUUUUCAGUGAAAGAAGAGGACAUUAAUAAUGAGGAAUGCUCCGCCUUCAAUUCACUAAAGGAACACUGUUUUGGAAGCUCUAAGUUUUGCAAUUUCUCUGAUUUUGGCACAGAUAUGGAACCGUUGGAUAAUAUCAACAUGGAUGCACAGGAGCAUGGUGACCCAGAGUACGGUUGGUCAGCAAGAAGGAAAGCAGCACAUCACAAACUGAAAGAAAGGGAAUCACGCAAACUGAUGGAGAGUCGCUUUAAUAUAUUGGAGAGCACAGUUUUCAAUGACAAGAAGGCCCCAAAGGGAGCCAUUCUCGUUAAGGCCAUUAACGUGAUCAGUGACUUGGAUAUACAAUCAGAAAAACUCUCCGUGGAAAGGGAACUACUAAUGAAAAAGCAAAAUGAAUUGCUGGAGGAAAUUUCACAUCUCUGCCAUCCGAGGCCUGAGCUUAUUCAGGACCAUCUGGAGGAUGAACAAUUCAUCGGUGCAAGGGAGAUGUUGGACAUACAAGCCUUAACCUUCCAGAAAUCUUCUGAUGCUCGAUGGCUUGAAAACAGUGAUCAUUCUGAAGAUUCAGUAAUGAAAGAUGGCAUGGUUUCAAUGAUGUCAGAAGGGCAUAGUGAUGAAGGAGUUAAAUGGGAGCAAGAUGAAAUGAAGGUCAGCAGCCUGGAUACUAUCAAGAUGGCAGGAAACCUCAAAGAGGAUUUCCAGGAGCUUGUGAAUACUGAUGAUUUUGACCUCUCUACAAUAAGAAGAAAGUCUUGUAAUGGUAAAGAUGAAGACACUUUCUUCACUGCGGGGAAAGAAUCGUCUUUUGGGAGUUCUGAUUUUGGCAGUCAUUCAGAUUUCGACUUAAAUAUGGAUGAAAUAAACGAAAUUGAUGUGGACAUAUUGACGCAUUCAGAGAGUGAAAUUAUGGAAUUUGAGAUGGAGGAUGGGGAAAUAAAUGACGGAUCCUCGUCGUCUGAGAAAUUAUGUGCCCCACUCAGGUGGCAUUUUCAUAAUUAUUCACAAUCUCACAAGUUUUCACCCAAGAUAAAGAGCCACAGUGCAUCUGAGCUGCGGAAGUUUAAGAAGAGUAAAAAGAAUCCACUGCUGCAUUCUCUGAGGGAGCGAGAAUGGCGCAAACUGAUGCGGAAACGUUUCAACAAGUUGCGGACGCUGCUGUUUGAGGAUGAGAGGAUUUCUAAGCGAGCCAUCCUUGACGAGGGCGUCAAUGAAAUUGUGAAAUUGUGUCAACAAAGCCAAAAACUCUGCUUGGAGAAGAAGCUGCUAAUGAAAAAACACAAGGCGUUAUUAAAAAUAAUAUCAGUCCUUUCAGCAGAGAAGAAACUUAAGAAUGAGAAAAGUGGUGAGAAGAAUAGUGAGGAUUAUGAACAUAAUGGUGCCCCUGUUUCAACAGGACAUCCUCUGUCAUCUGCUGCAAUGGAGACCAGUGAAGAAUCCACUCUGGUGCCGAUAGCUGGAACUCCUUUUCAUCUUCUCCUUGAGAAAAUUGCCGUUUCCCCUCAAAGCGAAGAGCUUAGAAGAAUCAGUCCCAUUGACCAUCCAGAAGCACCUGGCACAAAGGGACUAAUAUCGAGGAAUGCUAUGGUAUGCCACCAAGAGGAGACGCCUUUAACAUUCUCAGACGAUUAUUUGCAUGCUUCACCAUCAUCUCAAUUGAGCAAGAUACUACAGAGGCAAAUAAAAAAAUCAGGCCAAGUCCAUGAUACGGUGUCAAGAGUAUUAGAUGUAGCAUCAAGAAACCUUACGACUGUGAAGGAUGAAAAAGAACAUGUGAACGCAUUGAGCCAGAAAUUCAAACCAACAUCAGACCUGUUGCCAUUCAAUGGAGGUCAACUUGAAAAGCCAGCACAAGAAGCUCUCUUUUGGUCAAAGUCAACAAGCAAUAACAGUUCUGCAGCGACUCUAGGGAAAGGUCAAACCGAUUCUAGGUCAGCAGUACAAGGGAAACUGCAGGUUAUCAGAUCAACAAAGGGCCAGAAUAUCCUACAGAAACUGGCCAAGAAAGUGCAGGAGGCUGGAAUAAAACCAUGGACAUGGAAAUCAAAACGAGAAGAUUCGGAGAACGUCCCGCAAACAUUGUUUGACAGUGCCAGCAAGUCGAUCCAGUGUUUCCAGAAGGCUUCCGUUGCCUCUGUCGAUGAAUCUCCCCUCACCCCAUGUGUCUACACGGAUAUGACCGAUGCGGACGGUAAAAACUUGCAUAGACUUCUGCCAGACCAAAUAUUGGAGCCGGGUCCAGCCCUGAAUAGAGGGGAGCUGGGGCAAAUGGACCUGGAUUCGGCCUCCUCCAGUGACUCUACCACAGGAGAACAUGCAGUCAAAGAGCCCAAAAUAUUUAUAUCUUCCGUAGAUAUUCAUUCUGCCAAUGAAGCAAAUGCAAAUGGAGGUUACUUGUACCUGGACUCCGCACAGUAGUGAGAAGGGUUCCUUAAUUGAGUAGCUCUGACUGUAACUAACAUUGCUGGCUCUUCUCUUUCACUUGCACUCCUGUGCCGAAGAUUUCUCCAUGCCUUAAUGGAAGACUGGCCAGAAAGGUUGAGCUUUGUUUUGGGAUAGAUGAGCUGUGACUCGGAUUGGGCUUGCCUGAGGCAAGCUUCUGGAACAUAACAGCAAGGGCUGCACCCUGUGCUAAUGUUAGGUUUGACUCUUAUGUUUACACACGGCCUUUUAAAGCUGUUCGAGAAAGUCUUGCUCUGCUGCUUUUGUGACUGAACAAAGGCCAAGUUCACUUCUUCUCCUUAUUCUGCCCUCAUCAAGGUUACUGUCUUUCCGGCAGGAAGAAUGUAAUCGGAGGGGUGUAGCCCUAGGAGCGGUUAGAACUGCAAGCUGCACAGCUGUUAACCUGGUUGCAAUAUUAGCAUUUGCACAAUAAGGUGAUUGUGGGAUGUAACUGAGAGCUGUGGAGUCAACCCAGAGUGAAAGUGGAAUGAUCUAUGUGAAGAAUGCACCCCCAAAGUUAAACUCCUGCAGAAUUUUGUAUUUAUGGAGAUACCAAUAGUAAAAACACACCACUCCGUCCCGCCACAUCCCACCUAGAUUAUUAGUUGCCGAUUAUUUAAUGUGCAAAAGUAAAUCAUAAGAAUGUUUUAAAUGUGACCAAGUGGGCCCUAAGUCAACAGGUUAUUGAGGGUCUGUAGGAAUGGGAUCAUUUUGCAAGUUAAACUCUUGAUUCCUGAAGACUGGGGUCCCCAUUGUUCAUGUUUGCUGUGCGUAAACUAGUCGGGCAGGGACGAUAUCUUUAUAGUAUAAAGUGCAUUCCCUUGUAGAGAGUUAAUUUUAUACUAGCAUACAGGCUUGGGUCUUUAACAUGAUCGUAUAUGGAGCACAUUGCACAAAAACCUUCUCGCAAGAGUAUCCUUCUCCUUGUGCAGCUGUUACUUUUGUACAGCACUUAGCAAUUGUCAUUGACAUUUUUUUGAAUGUUCCAGAAUCUUACACUAAAGCUAAAAUGGCUGAGAGGAUAUCUUGCUCUUUGCAAAGUAGCUACCUAUGGGUACACUUUAAGUUAAAACGGUUAUAAAGUUUUCAUAGUUGUUAUUCAGGCCUGUCGCUCCCCGAAGAACUCUCCAUUGGGGUAACUUGACUAAGAUGAGUCAUUUUACUGUAAUUCCAAGUGUGAUGAUCUGCAGUGAUUUCCUUUUUGUGGUCCCAGCACUGGUUAUUUACAGUUCCCCAGCCGAGAACUAGUACGGGUCCUGUUUCCACGUUCUCAACGAACCGAUCAUGGUAUAGAUUCCCAAACGCAGUAGUCUAGGUGAACCUUGGGACUAUUCGGUGUCAUUAUGUAUUAAUGAACCAAGUUGGGCCCAUGUGGUCGGCCAGUGUGAAUAAUGCUGCGAGUCUUUUAUCCACUCCAUCUUCUGUAGGAACCAGCAGGUCACUUGUGGUAUCUCUACUGAUGAAUUGGACACUGCUCUCUGAAUGUGGAUUUCAGAUUUACAAACUUUUCACAUGGGUACAAGAUCCAUAGAGCUGGGAUAUUUGAGGAAUUGUAGUUUAGUGCAAACACUUGGACAACCAUUUUGCUAACCAAUAGUUGGGUUGAGGUUAUGAUGUCCCUGUAUGUCCUUCUAUUUCUAGUGGUCCAGCACAUAUGUAUGUAACUCAGAAUUCGGUUCAAUUUGUACCACAGCACCAGGUGUUGGUUUAGCGUUUGAGGGUCACGCGGUUUACAACGGUCUGUUUUAACACCGUUACCUCAGUGAUGGACGAAUCCUAAAUGCGAACGAAGAAAAUGGGUUGAAAAAAGUGACCCAAAUGAUGGCAAACUGGAUUUAAUCCUUGGUACAUGUUCUUUAUGAUCCCGGCUUAAAAUGUGGAGCCCAGAAAAAUCCAUUGGAACAUCUUUUGGUUAUGAUUGCUAGUUUCUGUAAUUUGGAAGAACUCCACUCCUUUAUCUUGCAUGAUUAUGGGGACUAGGUGGACGAAAUUGGUCUGAUGUAACAUUUGAGUAUAUUCCUUGUGAAAGAAAGAUUUCUGGAAGUGGUGAACAGGUGACAAUACUUAUGCACAUUUUCAGUACUGUAACUGUUUCCCAAUGCUGCAUGUCAGGCACAUCUUGCCACAAUGGAUUUAAAGGGCCACCAAUGUUCUACCUCCUCAUAAUCUGACCUUGCACUGCCAUGGGGAAAUAUCCUCGGACAUCUUUUUUGUCCUGUUGCCCUCUUGAUCUGCUUAUAUUUUAUUUUCUGUGUGCACAGCCAUCUCUGGCAUUUGUUGUGUUUCACAUUUUGUUUGAAUGCUUUUUGAAAUUGCCAGCCCAAUGUGACAGUGCUUUGAAGUUCACGACAUGGCACAGUUGUGUAUCAUGCUAGACUUAACAAAAACAGGCUGUGUACAGUUUCUAAAAUUCCGUUGUAUAUUAUAGCUAAUCAUCAGUCUGAGGAAGGGUCUCUACCCAAAACAUCCCCAUUCCUUCGCUCCAUAGAUGCUGCCUCACCCGCUGAGUUUCUCCAGCAUUUUUGUCUAAGAUUUUUCCAGCAUCUGCAGUUCCUUCUUAAACUAAUCAUCAGAUAUGAUCAUUGCUGCAGAAAAAGUGGGACUGGCAGAAUUCAUUUACUUGGGUGGGAUUAGUACAUUGCAGAUGCUGCACUAAAUAUAUCUACCACACUACUGUUUAAAUGCUAGUCACCGUAAUCUCUCCGGUUGAAUGUGAACUACACUAAGAAUUAGUCGUCAAUAAUACAUUGAAGUUUAGUUUUAGAACUGCAGUGAUAUGUUUUCCUCCCUUCCCCCCCCCCCCCCCCCCCC